AUGGCGACGUCGAAAGAAACUUGGAGCGUCCGACACUCUCCCUCUGAAAGAAAAAUGUCUGAACGGGUCUCCGCUAUUUCCAUUUCGCUCGAUCCAAAACCUUCCCCUUAUUCUUUUUGUCUCAAAACCCUCUCACAAUCCUUCAAGAUUUUCCCGAGAAACAAACGCAUUUUCUCUUUCAUUUUUGCCCUUCUCGCUCUUCCUCUCUCUUUCCUCAACUUCUUACUCUCUCUCUCCUCUUACCCGAUCAAGUCACAGAUUUUCCACCUCGAAUUACUCGCCUCCCGUGCCCCUACUCGCUUCGAAGCUCGCCAGGUCUGGAAAGAGUCACGCGAGGUUGCUCUCUCUCUCCUCCACAUUAAACUCCUCUAUCUAUUACCCAUUUACUUUCUCUCUCUCAUCGCUGCCAUUACAGUCGUCGUCUCCACCGAAUCCACUUACAACAGACGACCCACAAAUCUUAAAAUUAUUUUUGCAGCCAUCAGGUCCACGUGGACAAGGCCGUUGGUUACUUCAAUCUGCAUCUACGCUAUUCUAUUAUUGUACACUAGUAUACCCUACUCGUUGGCGGCUAUGAUUGGGAGCUAUAGUCCCGGUCUGAGAUUUGUAAUAUGGCUUAUUGGAUUGGGUGUAGAAUUAUACCUAAUAGCUGUUUUAGGAUUGGGUCUGGUGGUUUCGAUUUUGGAGGCAAGAUUUGGGUUGGAUGCGAUUCGGAUUGGGUCGCGUUUGAUGGAAGGGAGGAGGAUUUGUGGAUGGGUUUUGUCUGGGUUAUUGACGGUGAUGACGGGGGGAAUUGGGCGGAGAAUGGAGGGUUUGAUUAUGGACAUUGAAGAUUCGGCAGAUGAAUCGAAAUGGACGGUGGCGAAGGGGUGGGAGAGGGCGGGGCUGGUUGGUCUAUAUGGGUUGGUGAUUAUUUGGGGUUUCGCCGUUACUACUGUUUUUUACUGUGAAUGUAGGAAACGACAAAACGGAAGAGUGGUGGAUGAGCACGACCACGAGAGCGUUGAUUCUUGA